AUGUUCGACCCACCUUCCGAGGCCAUCGCGGCCAUUGCUCGCGGCGAGUUUGUUGUCGUGCUCGACGACGAGGACCGGGAGAACGAGGGCGACCUCAUCAUCGCGGCGUCCGAGUGCACCACCGAGAAGAUGGCGUGGUUCAUCAAGCACACGUCCGGCUUUAUCUGCAUCUCGCUCACGCCCGAGCGGAUAGAGGAGCUCGAGAUCCCCAUGAUGGUGCCCCGCAACAACGAAAAAAACAAGACGGCCUACACCGUCACCGUCGACUACAAGUGGGGCACCACGACGGGCAUCUCGGCCCACGACCGGGCGCUCACGUCGCGGAAGCUGGCGCAGAGCCAAGAGGGGGAGCGCGAGGGCCAGCACGGCACAAGGGGAUACGUGCACAAGGACGACUUCACCAGGCCGGGACACGUCUGCCCGCUGCGAUACACCGAGGGCGGCGUCCGCGUUCGCAAGGGCCACACCGAGGCCAGCGUCGAUCUCUGCAAGGCCGCCAAGCUUCCACCCGCAGGCCUGCUGUGCGAGCUGGUGGACCCCGACGACCCGCUGGGCGGCAUCGCAUCGCGCGAUGCCUGCCUCAAGUUUGCCAAGGAGCACAACCUCAAGAUUACGACCAUCGAGCUGCUCAAAAAGUACCGCGAGGAGCAAGAGGGGCCGCUGCCGCCGCAGCUGCAGGCCAAGCUGCAGAGCCAGCAGGACCAGGACGAGUUCCGCGGCGUGCACGUCGACGGCCAGGAGGUCGUUGGGCCACAGGCAUAG